CAAUCACUCGCUCAUCAUUCGACGCCACAAGCCAACGAGCCGCAACCUAAAGCAGGCAGUAGGAGUGAAAUCCCCACAAAAAUAUGAGCGCUAGAAUACUCCUACGCUAGCAGCCUAGGAGAGAGAGGGAAGUAGGAGUAGUAUACUCCUCGCUUGGUAUUCUUCUCCCUCUCUCUCUCUUGUUCCUUGGAGUUGUUGUCCUGGGACGGAGCUUAGAAAAAGGCCCCGCCUUUUGGCUCAUUCGUCACCUGCUCUGCCCUGCUCUGCUCUGCUCCAGGGACGCGAGCGAGCUGCUCAGCGUGCGAGGGAGAGAGGGAGGGGAAGAGAGAGAGGGAUGGCGCGCGUGGAGAAGGUCGCCGGCGGCGAAGGGCAGGUGGAGGUGGUGGUCGGGGUGGACGGCAAGGGGGCGAUAGAGUGCCGGAUAUGCCAGGAGGAGGGGGAUGAGGCCGCCAUGGACUCCCCCUGCGCCUGCACUGGCACGCUCAAGUUCGCGCACAGGAAGUGCAUACAGAGGUGGUGCGACAAGAAGGGGAACAUCACAUGUGAAAUCUGCAACCAGGUUUACUCUCCGAACUAUAUUCUCCCUCCAACAAAGUGCUGUUCAGAUGAAAUGGGCAUGGAUCUUAGGCAAAGCUGGGUUGGGCGAAUCGAUCCCCAUGAUUCCCAUUUCCUGGCGAUCGCUAUUGCCGAGCAGCAGCUGCUGAACGCUGAAUUCGAUGACUGCAUGACCUCAAAUUCGAGCGGCGCCACAUGCUGCCGGUCUAUUGCCCUAAUUUUGAUGGUGCUUCUGCUCGUGCGCCAUGUAACCGUGAUCGUGCGAGAUGUUAGCAUGCUACAAGAUGCGACGGUUCUGUUCAGCGCAAUUCUUCAGUUCGUGGGAUUCUUUCUUCCGUGUUACGUCAUAGCGCGCUUCUGCUAUGCUUUUCAACACCGGAGGCGAAGACAGCGGAGCGCUCAUGCACUCUCUCUGCAGGUUUAGGGGCGUGCCUGAACCUGAACCCGGAACCGUACUCUGUCGCGCAAACCGGACCCGGCUUGAGAAGAGAAAGGCGGCGAAGCUUGCUUCUUCUUCCUCCCUUUGGCCCCAGCGAAUCAUGGUGUCAUGAAAAAAUGUAGGCGAAAAGUAGAUGGAUUGUGGUGUGGUGGACGGAGUAGCCGCAACGGCACCCGUCGAGCUCAACUGUACAUAUGAGAGUCGGUUUACAGCUACAGAUGCAAGUUGAAGUUGAUGACAUUUUCGCUUGUUAAA